UUCUCUCUAGCCAUGUCCCGGCGAAGUAUGAGAUUACUGACGAGCGAUUAUUAUCGCAACGACGGUGAAAUGAACGGGCGCAGUAGCUCCCAGGUGUCUUACAAAGAGACCCCUGUCAGGGUGUUUAAGAGGAGGACCGGCUCUCGGAGUCAGACUGUGUCCCGCACCGGGUCACAGGUGACCACCCCCUCCCUCUCCCGUACCGCAUCUCACGCGGCAACACCCUGCCUCUCCUUCAGCUCUCUGACCACCGAGGCGUCUUUGAGAGGUGUGGUCUCUGCCCUGAAGGCGGCCACUCAGAGCCAGAGCUGCCAUGUUGGCUCCGCCUCCUGCUUCAGUGUGCCCUCAGUGUGUCCCUCCCCCCACCACGGCAGCUGCAGCUCUGGGCGCCCCCUGCUGGACCAGUCGUGCAUCACCUCUGGAUACUCUUCCUCAGAGGAGUGCGAGGCCGUCCUGGCCCCCACCUGGAGGAAGAGGAGCAGGCUUCUGAGCAGGAGCCAGCGCACCAGUUCCUCUAGGAUGCUCUCUGGUGAUGCUGAGCUUGUGGAGACAAGCCUCACACGAGUGCUUUUCGCUGGUCUCACCCUGCUCUGCUGCAGCCUCUUUGGCCUCCUCAGGGACGUGCUGCCUCACAGCAGUCGUACCCAGCACUUGAGGAAGCCUGCACUGACUGUUUUGACUUUGACUUUGUUUGCUACUGGUUUCUGGUAUUGGUACCCUGCUCUCACCUCUCUCCUGAUGGUUGCUGAACCUGCCUGGCCUGGUUACAGCACAUCUACCCUUGGCAUGAACACGGACCCAAGGAUUGUGACGGAUUUCAACGUGUUCCGUAAGGAAGUCCUGGACCGUAUCCACCAAGGAGAGGCCAAAUGGAAGGAAAGCUGGACUACAGAACUGGAUGGUGUUAAGCGAGAUAUCGGCCUUCUGAAGGAGGAUGGAGAGAGACACAGGCGCAUGUCUGAGAUCAUGAGAGUGGAAAUGACUAACUUCAAGGAUGUGGCAAAAAAUAAUGACCUUGACCAGCAGACUUGGGUGAAUAAAAAGGUCACUGGUGUGGCCCAAAAGGUAGCUAAACUCAAGGACAGUGUGUCGUACCUCAGAACUGCCCAUCACAACCUCGAACAACGCCUGGAUGGUCAAGAAAACACCAAUGCUCAGCUGAAGAAGGAGCUCACUGAUUGGCUGAAGCAAGAGUUCCGGGCAGCUCUUGGAGAGGAGGCAAGAAUUUCUGUUCUGCGUCCUGAACUGCAGGGGGCGCUGGAGGCUCUGGAGAAGAGGCUGCUCCAGCAUCUGGCUAAAGAGCUGCGCAAGGAACGUGGGAACAUGUGGAGGAUUGUGGGAGAGAGCCUGCAGAAUGAAGGACUGGGCUCCAUUACGGUCAAGCAUGUCCAGGAGAUUGUUCAGAGGGCAUUGAGCCUUUAUAGAGCAGAUGGAACUGGCAUGGCUGACUACGCUCUGGAGUCUUUGGGUGCUACUGUGAUUGGUUCACGGAGUUCGGAAACAUACCGCACCAGGUCUCCAUGUGUCAGCCUGUUUGGGGUGCCACUGUGGUACGCUUCAGAGAGUCCACACACUGUUAUACAGCCUGAGAUGCACCCUGGGAAGUGCUGGGCGUUUAAGGGCAGUCAGGGUUUCCUCACCAUCGGCCUGUCCCUCCCUGUGCGCGUCACACACGUCACCUUGCAGCACAUCCCCAAGAGCCUAUCCCCCACCGGACGCAUCGACAGCGCCCCUCGAGAGUUCGCCGUUUACGGCCUGAGUGGAUUUGAUGAGCAGGAGGAAGGGAAGUUCCUGGGUAGAUUCACAUAUAACUCUGAUGGCGAGCCCAUCCAGACCUUUGAGCUACCGGACUCUGUGAAGGAUGUGUAUCGUGCGGUGCAGUUAAGGGUUCUCAGUAACUGGGGUAACCCUGAGUACUCCUGUGUCUACAGAUUCAGGGUUCACGGCCAGCCACUGCCCCACUGAGAGCCGCACACCACACAACCUCACCAAAGACUUCAUUUGUAUUACUCUAUUAC